AUGACAACGAUACCUUCAUCAUCUUUUGGUUGCAAGAUCAUCUAUUCAACUCAAUCAGGAACAGGACAAGAGGUAGCAGAGAAACUAUCAAGAGAUCUUUUACGAAAUGGUAUCAUUACAAAGGUUGAUGAUAUUGAAAAUUAUGAUUACAAGAAACUAUUACCAUUUGAAAAUAUCAUAUUGUUUGUUGUAUCUACACAAGGACAUGGUGAUGUACCAGAUUCAAUGAGAUUAUUUUGGAAUUUCUUAUUGAUUCGAUCACAUCCUUCUAAUGCAUUGGGUGGGUUGAGAUUUGCUAUUCUUGGACUUGGCGAUUCAUCCUACACUACUUUCAACUUUGCUUCUAAAAAGUUAAACCAAAGAUUAUUGUCUCUUGGUGCUCAACAACUUAUUCGUCGUGGUGAUGCAGACGAUCAACAUGACCUUGGAAUUGACUAUGAGGUCGAAAAAUGGACCUUGGAGUUGACAACCAAACUUCAUCAACUCUAUCCUUUACCUUUGGAUUUUGUUCCAAUCGAUAGAAAUAUUUUACAAAAAUCAAAAUAUAUGGUAGAAUUUAAAACAUCGGAUCAAGAAGGUCAAAGAAUGCAAUUCAAACCACCACAACAAUAUUCUAUAGUUCAAUUGAAAACCAAUCAAAGAAUUACAUGUCCCUAUUGGAAUCAAGAUGUUAGACAUUUAGAGUUUGAUAUUAAAGAUCCAAAUCAAAAUGGUCGUAAUUUAUUAAAAUAUUCAUCUGGUGAUGUAACCUAUAUUCUCCCAGAAAAUCCAACAAAAUCUGUAAAUGAAAUAAUAGAAUGUUUAAAAUUUGAUCCAAAUACAAUUAUUACAAGUAUUAAACCUUUUAAUUCUGAAUUAUGUACAACACCACAAAUCAAUUUACCAACAACUAUUGGAAUAUUAUUUAAACAUUAUUUUGAUAUAAUGGGUUCACCAAGACGUUACUUUUUCGAAUUAUUACAAUUUUUUACAUCUGAUCCUUUGGAACAAGAAAGAUUACAAUACUUUUCUUCUACUGAAGGUCAAGACGAUUUAAGAGAUUAUAAUCAAAAAGAAAAAAGAAAUUAUAUAGAUGUAUUAAAAGAUUUUCAAAAUAUUUCAAUACCAUUUGAAUAUAUAUUUGAUUUGAUCAUGCCAAUCAAACCAAGACCAUUCUCAAUAUCCUCUUCAUCUACAAUGCAUCCAAAUGAGUUGCAUGUAUCCGCGGGUUUAAAUACAUAUAUGGCACCUACUAGACGACUUUUGAGAAUGGGAUUGUGUUCACAAUGGUUUCAAACCCUAUCGACUGGAGCAUUGGUACCAAUGUACAUAAAACAAAGUGGUGCUACCCUUCCACCCUCACCAAAUAUCCCACUUGUUAUGGUUGGCCCUGGAACAGGUUGUGCAAUAUUUAGAUCUUUUAUGCAGCAUCGAGAAAUGAUUAAAAAGGAUGGUGCAUUGGGAGAGGCAAUAUUUUAUUAUGGAUGUAGACAUGCAAACUCGGAUUAUUUGUAUCAACAAGAGUUUGAACACUAUGAAAAAAGUGGAACCAUUUCACAAUUGUCUGUCGCCUUUUCAAGAGACUCUGACGACAACAAAAAGGUUUAUGUUCAACAUUUAAUGCGUCGAGAUGCCCAAUUGAUUUGGAAUCUAUUGGAAAAUGGUGCUUGGUUUUAUAUUUCUGGUUCUUCUGGUAGAAUGCCAAAGGAUUUCUAG